UCCAAACAGUAGUAGUAUUCCAUGGGUAAAAGUCAGUCAGUCAGCCUUUUGUUAAAUUUCACUGAAUAAGAAGUUGGGUGUCUGUAUUUAUUCUUUGUUUCACUCCGCAUAACUUCACCAUCCAACCAACCACCACACCAUGAGUAUCAAGAACUGUGGCGACCACCACCACUACAAGCGCCGCAAACUCUACCGCCGCCUGCUUAUCGGCGCCGCUGUUUUCGUGGGCGUCAUCAGCUUUGCGGUGUUCCUUGUUUGGGUGAUUUUGCGACCAUCAAAGCCCCACUUCGUCCUCCAAGACGUCACCGUUUACAACUUCAGCGUGUCGGCGACGCCGCCGUACACUCUGACGAUGACCAUGCAGAUUACCAUCUCAGCCCGCAACCCCAACGACCGCAUUGGCAUCUACUACCUGAAGCUGGACGCUUUUGGUACGUACCGCAACCAGCCCAUCACCCUGCCCACCCUCUUGCCGGCGGCCUACCAGGGCCACCACGAUGUCUCCGUCUGGUCGCCCUUCCUGCAGGGCGACUCGGUGCCGGUUUCGCCAUUUGUGCAGGAGCUGCUGGGGCAGGAUCUGAACGUAGGGGCGGUGCUGGUGAAUGUCAAGAUCGAUGGACGCCUCAAAUGGAAAGUAGGCACCUGGGUCUCCACCACCUACCUUUUGAAUGUUAAUUGCCCGGCUUAUAUCAAGUUCAGUGACCGCAACGCUGCUUCUGCUGCUGUCGUCUCGGUUCUCAAGUUCCAGUUAGCGCAAGGUUGCUCUGUUGAAACUGGUCUCGCUUAAUUCCUCAUUAUUAAUGUAUCUUUUUUUUCUUUAUUAAAAAAAAAAAUUAUUAUUCGGAGAUAUGUGACUGUCUCUCUAUCUCUUUCCUGUGGAUUAAUUAAGGAAAUUUUAUUUACAAAGGAAACGAAUUUUCAUAUGGCCAUGUUAAUUAUGAAUUUUACGACAAUAUUGAUUCAUAUUCUGAACCUAA